AUGGCCGCUGCUCGAUUGCUCCCGAUGAAUGGGGCUCCCCUGGCGGUCCCCCUCGGUGGUCCCCUCGAUGUGGCCCCUCCCGAUCAGUUGCACGCCAUAUCAGACGGGCUGAUGCAGUGUGUUGGGAACGAAAUGAGCCAUCGCACACGAUCCGAAAGCCUGAGCACCGGCCUCCUACUCGCUGUCCCCGUCUGCUUUGGCUCUCUGCUUCGACUGCUGCUGCUGCUGCUGCUUCCGGACGACCCGGACGGCCUUGAUACUUGCCACAGACAACAAGCGAGAAAGCGCCAGCCAGCCUCAGCUCGAACAAACAUCUCCCAGAAGAACCCCGACCUCGAUCCUCGAUCCUCGCCUGGCCUAUGGAGGGAAACACCUGAAACCGACGCGCUCUCUACCUCGCUCUACCUCCCUCCGCCGCUGCCGAAGACUCGAAGAGGCAGCGAGAGCAAAAAGUCGUAUAUAAACCGGACCCCCCAGCGGGCGUCGAGGCGUGUCAUGGCACUCGAUACACAUGCUAUCGACUCCUCGACCACCCCGCCAGCUCGACACCGGUCCAUCCUGUCCAAACUCACCAGUCGCUUCGGGAAUCGCAAUCGCAACAUCUCGGAGUUCUACGUCCAGCCCGACGACCCGUGGAAGUCGUACCAUCCGGGCGAGGUGGUCAAGGGCGCCGUCGUGCUUACGGUGGUGAAGCCGGUCAGAAUCACACAUCUCGUCGUCUGUCUACAUGGAUAUGCGAAGGUGUUCAAGAACACGGUUGGGCCGGGCGAGCAUGCGGAGGAGUCGGGAUACCUAGGACCUGGACGCGGGCGCAGAGACGGCGAGUACCUGGGCAACGGCUUCACCUCCUUGUUCGAGGACGAGGUAGUGCUAUGCGGUGACGGGAGGCUGAAGGAAGGCAUAUACAAGUUCCGGUUUGAACUUUGCUUUCCUCCUUACUCGUUACCAAGUAGUAUCAAUUUCGAACGAGGAACGAUAUCCUACAUGAUAACGUCUACCCUGACACGACCGACGACCAUAUCCCCUUCCAUGUCAUGCGAUAAACGACUGAUACUCCUUGAACGGAUCGAUAUCGCUCCUCUCCCCGCUCCGAAAGCCCGUGUCAUCUCUCUCGAACCGAUAUCAGCAAGGUCAAAGUCAAAGUCAAGAAAGAAAUCUACGUCUGGCGAACGAACGUCCAACGGUGCUGCAGGCCCAGCAUCCCUCGAGCCGUCAGCAUCGCAGACAUCCGAACCAAAGCCUCCAUUGAGUCCCGUCCCAAGCGAACAGAGCACCUCGAGCUGUGUCAGCAACAGCACCCAGAGUUUUAAAAUCAUCAGCGAGUCGAAUUCCCCCCGAGACUCGAAUACGAUAACCGCUACGACCAAGCUACUUCGUGGUGGUGGGUUGCCCGGUGAUGUCUUGCCUCUGCGGAUAAUGCUCAACCAUACGAAGCCGAUUCGAAGUCCGCACGGAAUUAUCAUCACGCUGUAUCGGCAGGGCAGGAUAGAUAUGUAUCCAGCCAUCCCCAUCGGGACACCCGCCAAGGGCAAGAGGCCGGUUUACGAAGACUACUAUCCCAAGUCACGAACGGGACUGGGCGGCUUGUCCUUUGGCGCGACUAGGACAUGCAGUGUUUUUCGAAAGGAUAUGACACAGAUAUUCUGUCCCUUGAUAGUCGAUCCUAACACCAUGACCGCAGAUAUCAAGACCUCCAUCCGCAUUCCGGAGGACUGCUUCCCGACAAUAACCCGGGUUCCUGGCGCAAUGAUCAGCUUCCGUUAUUAUAUCGAAGUGGUUAUGGAUAUACGGGGUAAACUGGCCGGCCAGGACCGCUUUCUCCCGCGGUUAAAUAUCAUAAACUCUUCAUCCAACAAUCACAACUACUGCGCCACACCCCGGGGGUUUAAUGCAAUUGAGACCACGAGAGGAGCUACCUCUACUACUUCAAGCUGUACAGGGAACAUACUCGAUACCGAUCAAGUGCGAAGGGAUAAAAGUGUUAUCGUCUGCGUUUUCGAGGUUAUCGUUGGGUCCAAGGACAGCGGUAGAGGCCAGCAGCAGGCACCCAGCGAUGGGAGCGUCCGACCAGAAUAUCCCGCCUCAACCGUGGACCAGCCUGCUCAACAAGCAACCCCGGACGGAGCGCGUGAGCAGCAGCAACAGCAGCAGACACAGACACAAACACAAACACCGCAGAUCCGGUUCGCAGAUCAGUCGCAGGGUGGCCAAAGCCACGGCCAGGAAGAUGAAUAUGGCACUGGCUCUGAAGACCAGGACCCCUGGCAUGAGCGAACUCCAGACCAAUACGUUAUAAACCCUCCGCAGCUUAUCCCUCCUCACCGACCAGAAGAAGACGUCGAUGAGAAGACACGGUUACGCCGAGCAGAGGCCAUGCUCCUACCCAGCGCACCGCCAGCUUCCGACGAACCCGGCUCGUCUAACUCUGCUCCGCCCUCAGCACCCGCGCUCUCGAUACAUCACGAACCUUCUUACUUCGAGGUUCCUACCCCUACCUACUCGGCCUCUGUUUAUAUGCAUCCUCAUCCUCGCCCUUCCUCUGCCUCUGCGCCAUCACCGGAUACUAUCACCCCUUACACUAUGCACGAACCUGCCUCCGCCCCUCAGUUCCCACAGACAUAUUCCUAUACCCCUGACAGUUCCGCGGAAAGCUCGAAUCACCACCAAUACCAACAACACCCCAAUCACCUUCCUUCAGAGGACAAGCAAGAGCUGGAGAAGCAGCGGCUUCUUAACGAGAGAAGCGCACCACCGGACUCGGACAUCCCAGAAUCAGCUGAUUCCAGUCAGAGUGCUGCCGCAGCCUCUGAAAACGGCGAUAGCCGCCAACAACCCCUCCCCAGUGCCCCUGUUCUUACAGAGGAAGAUAUAAUAGGGCAGCCCAUGGCGACAGGGGAGUCCCUCCCAAGAUACCAACGAUAG